CGCCGUCCCGCCCGAGGAGGGCGGGGCCGCCGAGAUGGCCGCAGGGCGGUACCGGCGCUUCCUGAAGCUGUGUGAGGAGUGGCCGCUGGACGAGACGAAGCGGGGCCGGGACCUGGGCGCCUACCUGAGGCAGCGGGUGGCCCAGGCCUUCCGGGAGGGCGAGAACACCCAGGUAGCGGAGCCGGAGGCCUGCGACCAAAUGUACGAGAGCUUAGCCCGGCUCCACUCCAACUACUACAAACACAAGUACCCUCGCCCCAGAGACACGGGCUUCAGUGGACUGACUGUGGAAGAGUGCAGAACCGUUUUGGCAACAGAUGCCUUGGAGGAAUUUAAGGAAAUGAAUAAAGGACUGUGGAAAAAACUGCAGGAGAAGUUUGCUGCCAAGAACCAAGACGACAAGACUAAGGAAUGAUGGAGAUGACCAAGAAUAACUGUAUAUUGCCCUAAUGAAUAAACCUCCCUGUUACCGGGGACUCGUCCCUUCCCA